AUGUGCCAACACUUCGUAACCCAUUCCUACCCAAACCAUGUGGUACAUGCGGUUGUUCGUGAAAGAGAUCAGCUCCGACGUCGAGAAGAACGUGACCUACAUACACAGGAGCAGCAACGGGAGCGUGUAAGGAAUUUGGAACAAGGGGCUAAGGCUGCUGAAUAUCGGGAGAGGGAAAUGUUGACCUGGAUAGCAGAUUGGGACGAGCAAAUGACGUAUAAAAAUCAGCAACUCAAGCGUAGGAAUUACGAGAUAGAACUCAAAGACCGUGAGAUAGAGGCGAAAGAUCACCAAAUCUACCAGUUGCGUAAAGAAUUGUAUCAGGCAUGCCUGGAGUCUCGAGCUUUCCCGACCGAUGAAGCGACAAGCUCCAGUGCAGCAAUGGAAGUGGCCUGCGACUGUAUUGAAUCUCACGAAGGACGGAAGGCAACCUCCAGAGAUGAGCAAGAGCGCGUGGAAAACAUUACUGAAUCAGUAGCCAAGAUCUCAUGGAGCGAGCACCAGCUAUCCACUUUAAGCGUCGGGAGGGAUCUAGUGAAGGCCGUACCUAGGGAAAGGGAUGAUCUCCUUGAGCGUGUGGAACAAGUUGUUGAGAAAAUGGAAGAACAUACCCAGUCGAAGCCUGCAGAAACACGACCUGAGCCUGUAGCUAGAAUUGGCAAUAUGACGCUGGAGAUGACUCGUGCCUUUGAGCAAAUGAGAAAGUAUUACGAGCAAAUGGGGGCAAUGACACCACCGCCACAGGGGCAACCACAGAACGCUGGACAAGGUGAAGAUGUGGCGUUAGAACGCUUCCACAAGUUCAACCCUCCAAAAUUCAAUGGAGAACCAAACUAUGAGAAAGCAGAAUUGUGGUUAGAGACCAUAACUGAAAUAUUUGACGCUCUCAAGUACUCCGAAGAACGUCAAGUUACAUUUGCACUGUAUCGAUUGGAGGCAGCAGCCAAAGCUUAUGGAGGUUAA